AUGCAUCACGAAAAGUUCAUCACCUACCUGUUUUCCCUCUUUAAUGAUAAUUUCAGCAAGAACGAAAAAGACGUAAAGUACAUCCCCCCCCUGCUGCAUUAUUUUAGCUAUUUCGAUGUCUUCUCUCCCAUCUACUUUAAAAUGCAAAUGUCGUACAUAAUGCAAAACUGCGCUCUUGAUUUCUCCCUCCUCAAGUACACACUGCUUAGUCACGUUUUUGUUAGAAGAGAAAUGCCCAAAGAAAUAAAAAAUCGUCUGAAAGAAUACGUCGCAAGGAACUUUGAGACGUUUGCGCCCCCCCUCCAGGUGUUGUGCCUUAAACAUUGCAAUUAUUUCUUGCACCUACAUGGAGACACGGAAAAGGCGGUCCAGGGGGAGGACCACCUCUUAUUUAACAAAAUGGUGAAUGGUGCACUCUCUAAUCUGCCACAUAUGAAGGCCAAGCAUUAUCUCGACAUUUACAUAACCCUCUGCAACAAUACAGUUCGGAUAAAGCAGCAUUACAUUGAGCUUUUUAAUCACAUGAACAGACAUGCAGCACACUACACCGGUGAGCAGCUGAUGCUGAUCCUAUUUUACAUGUACAGGACAGGCUAUAGCAAGCCAAAGAUAAGGAAGAAAAUACGAAAUUUAAUUUUGCAUUACCACAAGAAGAGGAGAAUUGACCUGGGGACCUACGUCAAAUAUGUGCUGCCUCUGGACGAGUUCGGCAUUUUCCACCUCUUCCCGGUGAAGUUCCAGCGCUGGCUGUACGAUCAGCUGACCGAGGAUGUGCGAGUGUGUGUACGGGAACCUCUAACGGGUGAAGCGGUGGAGGAGGUAGUUCGCACAUCCCUGACUAAGGAGCGCGAGGAAUGCAGCGUCGAAUCGAAGAAACCGAAAGAGACGGAUGAGCAGCAACACGCACCCAUUUACAUUUUCGAGCAGAUGGUUAAGAGUUACUAA